AUGAAGUAUGUGCUAGAUUUAUUAGAAAAAGCGGGUCUCUUGGAAUGCAAACCUGCAAGCACUCCAAUGGAGGCAAAUAUUGAUUUGUGGCGUGAUGAUACCUCUCUACUAGAUGAUGCUGUUACCAGACCUGAUAUUACUUUUGCAGUAGGUGUAGUGAGCAGGUUUAUGCACAAACCUAGAGAGGUUCAUUGGACAGCAGCUCUGGAAAUUUUGGCAUAUGUCAAGAGUUAUCCUGGUAAGGGAUUGCUAUAUAAGAAGCAUGGGCAUACUCACAUUUCGACUUUCUCUGAUGUUGGCUACGCAGGAAACAUGGGAGACCGAAAGUCUACCUCAGGAUUCUGUACUUUUAUUGGAAGUAAUCUUAUAACUUGGAGAAGCAAGAAACAAGAUAUAGUGUCACGAUCUAGUGCAGAGACCGAAUAUAGAGCAAUGGCUCACACUGCUUGUGAGAUGGUGUGGCUACGAAAAUUUAUGACAGAGCUUGGUCUUGUUCAGCCUGGACCCAUGCCAAUGCAUUGUGACAACCAAUCUGUCAUUUAUAUUGCACAGAAUCCUGUGUUUCAUGAGAGGACAAAACAUAUUGAAGUUGACUGUAAUUUUAUUAGAGAUGCUUGGGAGAAGAAGAUAGUAUCUCUCAUAUUCACUUCGUCCUCACAGCAACUUGCUGAUAUUCUUACCAAGACUACUUCUUCAAAGGUGUUCUCUACUAUAUGUGACAAGCUGGGCAUGAUAAAUAUCUAUGCACCAGUUUGA